AUGAAAACCACGAGCGCCUUUCUCGUGGUCUUUCUCACGUGCAUUCUAGCAGCACUUCCAAGUCUAGCCAGUUCUUCGGUCAUUUCUUCCGAGCCCGAAGGACGAUGCGAAGAAAUCACGAUACCGAUGUGCCUCGGAAUAGGAUACAACUACACUCGAAUGCCAAACGAGCUCAACCACGAGACUCAAGACGAAGCUGGUCUAGAGGUCCACCAGUUCUGGCCGCUAGUAGAAAUAAGAUGCUCACCAGAUCUGAAAUUUUUCUUGUGUUCUAUGUACGCGCCUAUAUGUUUAGAAGACUUUCUCAAACCAUUGCCGCCGUGUCGAGGUAUCUGUACUAGAGCGCGAAUUGGCUGUGAACCCAUCAUGACUCAAUACGGAUUUAAAUGGCCUGAAAGGAUGGAAUGUGAUCAUUUUCCCGUACAAGGAGGAGACAUCCUUUGUAUGGACCAACCUGCUCAAAACAAUGCUUCAUCAACUCCCAAACCCACGUCAAACCGGAAAUCACUGAAACCCUGUAAGAACGGUUCAAAAAACUGCACAGUUCCCCUAGGAGAUCCAAAAAGAAAAGAGUGCAAAUGUCAAUGUCAACAACCCCUCGUCUCCAUGGGGAGAGAAAUGCAACUAGGCAUAAAUCGAAGCGUCGCCGGCAUCGCAAACUGUGCAUACCCUUGCAAGGAAACGUACUUCAAUCCAGACGAAAAGGAGUUCGCCACCAUAUGGAUAACGCUGUGGUCAGGUCUAUGCGCCGCCUCCACCCUAAUGACACUUACCACGUUUUUCAUAGAAACGGAAAGGUUCAAGUACCCUGAGAGACCAAUAGUAUUCUUAUCUGCAUGCUACUUUUUGGUAUCCGUAGGAUAUUUAAUAAGAGUAGGAGUGGGUCAUGAAGAAGUUGCUUGCGACGGAAGCAUUAUCAAGUAUACCUCGAAUGGACCGAGUCUUUGUACAGCCGUGUUUCUAUUAGUUUAUUUCUUUGGCAUGGCUUCUUCUAUAUGGUGGGUGGUUCUUUCUCUCACGUGGUUCUUAGCUGCUGGACUGAAAUGGGGAAACGAAGCAAUUGCUAGUUAUGCUCAGUAUUUUCACAUAGCAGCUUGGCUGAUCCCUACCUUCCAAACUUUAGCUGUGCUACUUUCAGGAGCAGUUGAUGGAGACCCCGUCUCUGGCAUUUGUUACGUUGGAAAUAUGAACAUGGACAACUUAUGGACUUUUGUUUUGGCUCCUUUGGUGGUCUACUUAAUACUUGGUACUAGUUUUCUAUUAGCUGGAUUUGUUUCGCUGUUUAGAAUAAGAAAUGUGAUCAAAAAGCAAGGCGGUGCUGGAGCUGGUUCCAAAGCUGACAAAUUAGAAAAGUUAAUGAUUCGCAUAGGAAUAUUUAGCGUAUUAUAUACUGUACCUGCUACAAUAGUCAUCGGUUGCCAUUUGUAUGAAAAUACUUUCCAUGAAGAAUGGAUGAAAUCUCUAGCUUGCACUUGUCCUGCUAACGUAAUUUCCAUGAAAGAGAGGCCUAUAUACUCUGUCUUAAUGCUCAAAUAUUUCAUGGCCUUAGCGGUAGGCAUUACAUCCGGGGUUUGGAUUUGGUCGGGAAAGACCGUCGAUUCGUGGAGAAGACUCUCAAGAAGACUAUUAGGAAGAUCAGAUCUGUCGGGAGCUAACGCCGCCUUGAUUAAGAAUCGAAACAAACCUCCCCCGCCUGGUUUUCUAAUGGCCGGUCCAGGUAGCGCUUCUCUUCUCGGUCCCACUGGCAGCGUUGCCUCCGCCAGCCAGCAUCAUCUCCACCACCAUGUCUUGAAACAACCACCGCUCAGUCACGUAUGACAAGCGGGAGAAGGGGCCGCACCUGUUAUCGUGAGCCAUCCACCCCAAGGUUCUGGACCUUCGUUAAGCAAUUACGGGCCCAUUUGAGUGACCGCCUGGGGGCCCAGAGAUAUGGUCACAGCUCUCUAGUCUUCGCCGGUGCCAAGUCGGACACUUCUUUUUUGUACAGAAAAUUUUUCCUAGUUUUGUUAUAUAUUUAUUUAUUGAAUAUAAGUGUAUAAAUGUGAAGGGUUAUAUACUCAUGAAGAUUUAUUUUUAUUGAAAGGGGAUUCCACAUUUUAUGCUACAAUUCUUUUCAAAGAUUAGUAAAAUAUUUUACAUUUAUAGAAUCGUAAUUGACUGAACUGUCAGGCGAAUGAAACCAUAGGUUUCGCAGUCAAUAUCCCAACCACGCCCACACAGUUAAACUGUCCUAUACUGCUAUCAAUAAAUCAGCCAAUCGCGUCUACUGCUGGACAUAGGCCUCCCUCAGUUUUUUCCAGUGUUCUCUACACUGGACCGCUUGUAGCCAGUUUCCCGCUACACGUUUUAUAUCAUCGGUCCAUCCAGUCGGUGGUCGCCCUCGGCUUCUUUUAUAGUUUCUGGGCCUCCAUUCCAUAAUACGUUUUGUCCACCGUCCAUCUUGUGCUUUGGCUAAGAGCUAAAGUUUAUCUUUAAUCCUGCUCUUUCAGACAGACUUUUAAGCGAAUGCAUCAUAGAAACUGUAUCUUGUAAAUUAUCUGCGAUUAAUACAACAUCAUCUGCAAAAUUUAGGUGAUUUAAUCUUUCUCCAUUUAUAUUGAUGCCCAUAUCUUGCCAUUGAGUGCUCUUAAAUAUUGACUCUAGAUCUCCCGUGAACAAUUUUGGUGAAAUAUUGUCUCCUUGUCUAACUCCUCGACCUAAGCUGAAUUUUUCUGUGUCUUCGUGUAUUCGUAUACUUGGUAUAGCGUUCUCGUAGAUGUCCUAUACUGCUAUAGUUCAGUAUAAAUGCAGUUUGGUUGCUGUCGUUUAUAAAAUCCAUCGAAACCAUGCUAACAUAUUUUAAGUUAUUUGCUUGAACCAGCAGUUUUUCAUUUAAUUCUUUUUUAACACUUUGACUGCCAUAAGAAGUAUGAAUCAGCUUUUGAUUCUCGCUUGUAUGUUAUUUAUAUGGGAUAGAAAUAUGUCCGGCUGGAAGGACCCUCUUAUUUUCACUAUAGCGGCAGUCUAAGUGUUAAUCUCAGAAAAGUCAUUAAGUAUAAAAAUAUCUGUACAAUCGGUUCAGAAAUACAGCAACAAUUCAUAUAAAUAAGUAUUUUCACGUUCAUUAGUUUCUUUUUACCAUAUUUUCAAGUUCACUUCCUAAUCGGUAGGUUAGGCUUCCGAUAGACAGUGAUUAACAUAACAAAACCGCAUAUCAAAAAUAUGGAACCCUCGAUAGCCUGACUCAGAUGUAUAAAUUUGCAUAUUUUAAAUCUAAAUGAUUUCUUUAACUCAAAAAUAAGUAGACACGUUGUUAUUUUAAACUAACCAUGACUUAGCUAAUAGGAGAUAACAUCCAAAAGUUGUAAAUAAUUUUAACUCAUUGAAUAUACAACCAAUAUCUUCAACUAUCCCAAUGUUAUUGCUUUCACAACCUUCUUUAAGUAUAGCGUUAUCAUUUUCUUUGAACAGAAUUGAAAUUACAGGUAAAUGUGAUGAAAGUGUUUAUAUAAUUAUUGUGAAUUUUGGUAGUUUUUGCUCAAAAUUUGGUACAAUUAUUCUGGUUCUGCUUCUCUGCGUAUUUAGAUUUGCUCAAACGUCAAGGGCAUGUGACAGAUUAUGUUUAACACUGAUUUCCAUUCAUAUGUUCUUAUUUAUGCAUUAGUGAGAUAUUUUAAAAGUAACUACUUAAUUAAAGCUUAAAAUAGCUUGGCUAUUUUAAGUACCUACUUAAUUAAAAGCGUUCGCAAAUAAUUGUACCAAAUGGUUGUCUUUUACAAAUAGUCAAUGGUAAUUCAAGUACCAUAUAACUGAGUAAUUACCUUUGGCUAAAUUUAACGAAAAGUACAAGAGAAUAUUAAACCAGUCAAAGUGACAAAGGAUUAGUCCUAUAAUAUUAAAUAAGUUAAAAAAGCGGUAUACAGGGUACCAACAUUCGUAAAAAUAUCAUCGUAUUCAUAAGACUUGGUUGUUUUUUCUCUUGUACAUUCAAAAUCUAUACUCUCCUCUCAGUGAGGAUCUACCACAAGUGAUCGCUAAAUACGUAAAUAAAAUUAUUUUAAAAUUUUAAUGUUAAGGUUCUAUGUACUAAUAAUAUAUGUCCAAACGACAAAACAGACAAAUUUUGGUACUUGGUAAUAUCUAAUGCAGUAAACAUUCACUGGAUCUUCUACAUGUAUCAGUAUCUACUUUAUUUUCAUUUUUAACAAAAUAUGGUUGCAGAAAAUACAUUUAUCGGAACUUCCGGUUCCAAAGUAAUUCCUUGCGUUCAACGAAAACUAGCAGCUUCCGCAAUGGGAGUUUAAGGGUCUCUUUCGGUUCAAUCUUUCAGUAACCAAUAUAUGUAGGUAAUAAAGAGAUGAAAGCUGAAAUACUUCGAUCACAUAUGAGAUAUCCUGAAAAAUAUAAACUUUCGCACCUGAUCAUUCAGGGAAAGAUCCGAGGCAAACGUUGUCCUGGUAGAAAAAGAACGUCAUGGCUGAAAAAUCUAUGACAGUGGUACGGCAAAUAGACUACAUCAUUAUUUAGAGCUGCUGUCGAUAAAGUUCCGAUAAUGAUGUCAACAUGAUAUCCAACGAUAGAUAAUGGGCCAAGGAACUAGAAGAAAAAGGUAUACGUCUAGUUCAAAUCCUGAGCGAAUUACAUUUGCAAAUAAUGUAUAGCAGUUUUUUCUACAGUUCACAUCUACACCAUGAUUCAUUCACCUUAUCUGUGUUGUAUAGAUGCUUUCCUUGCCAACAGUGCUCAAUAAUCACUUGUUUGACUGCUUAUAGCUCCCACUUACUGAGCUUUGUCAGACUGCGAGUUUUCUAUCUAUACUGUUUAUAAGCUUCUUUAUAUAGAUUCGCUCUUGCAUGGAUUUCCACUUAUUUUGAAACUCCUUUUCAGCCAAUUUUAAACCUCAUAACUGUCUUUAGUCACUCCACAAAGCGGAUUGGAGCCCACAAAGGUUUCUCUCCAGUUUGGUUUGCUAACGAGUCUACUUGUUCGUUACAUUGCAAUCCCUCAUGCAAAUGUCCAGUUGGAAUCUUGUUCCCUACAUGGUUUGAUCGUAUUAACUCUUUCGUUUAAAAUUCUGGUGCCAGGCUCCUUAAGAACAUUCAAUACAACCUUAGGUAUCCGUGUACUCGUAUGGUUGGUUUUCAGUUUCAGGAUAGCUGUAAAGGCUGCCGCUGAAAUAUAUGAAAACAACAGCGAGAGCUAUGAGAGCCUCUAAAGAUGCUGUCUCUGUCCUUUUAUGGGAUUCCGUAGUAUUUAUGGGCCUCUAUCUCUUUAGAAUAAUGAGAAUAGCUGUACAGGACUGUACAGCCAUUUUCCAACACAGUACAUAUCCAUAAGUUACCAUUUAUCCGUCAUAUCUCCGCUGUGUAUAACCAGUAACUAACUUUUGGUUUUAACUGGAGGUUUUACCUAUAACCCUUUAACAACACAAGAAUAGUUGCUUACUCUAUUGAAGAUAUUAUUGAUUAGAAUUAUCAUGGCAAAAAAGUACUUCUGGAAAACCGGUCUCAUUUUGUGAACCCAGAUAGCCACAAGCAUAUAAAUAGUUUAGGUACCUCUUACAGUGUUGUGCAUGGAUAAACAAUAUAAAACUUAUACACAUGGUAUGAUAAUUCGAUAAUUAUCUGAUACAUCUGUGGUAGGUUUUAAUUUCCGUGUCAGUCCUGGUAGUAGCGUACGUUUUCGAGCAUUAAACUGACUUUGAUUUAACCUGAGUCAGCAGUUAAGUCACUCGAUCUGUUUCCGCCUCAUACCAACUCAAAUGUGAAUUUGGUCUUUGUGCAGUGUCACUAAUCUUCCUUUUAGUCUGAUUAAAAUUUUUCUUAAAAUCGUUUCUUUAAAACUGAUAUUCCAUUUUUUUAUUGGACCCAUUAUUAGGGUUCUUCUACAUAUUAAAUCUUCGAUGUUGAUAAUUUUAUUAACAAUUCACAACUGCAUAUCACGGGUUAUUCAAAUACAUAUCCAAUAAUUGAAUUAGCAUACAAUGGACCAUUUUUUGAUCUACAUUAAGCUAAAUAAUUCAAAAAGUUCAUAUUUUUUUAUUCUCAGAGGUCCAAGGUUUACAUUGGAAAAUCUUAUGAUUGAACUUUGUUUACCUCUCUAUUUUGUACGUGCUAUUUGAUCCUUAAAGUCACUUGUGGGUUUUAUUUUUACAUAUGCUGUGCAUUAUUGAGACAGUUAUUGAGUGUAUAUCCAAACAUCUCUUGGAAUUACUAUACAAGUACCAAAGUUUUUUUGUUAAUUCAAAUGGAUUAAAAAUUUAUUUUAUUGUCUAGUGAGUGCUGUGAAUAGAUGCGUGAGCAUUUGAUAAUUCAAUGGAACUCUGUGGGUAAAAGAAGUAAAAUAUAUAGCCAUAUUUGUGCCAUAAUAAAUGUUAUCGGGGGACCAUCCACUGGAAUGGAGAUUUACAUUUCAUUGAGGUAUCAAUAUGAGUGAUUGAAACGACAAUUUUUUGAAAGGAUCUUAUAUGUAUAUAUAUAUUCUUGUAGAGAUUUUCUUGUUAGACGUUAGGAUUUCUUUUUGGUACCAACCCCAUAAUCUUUUGUACUUAUAGCCGUCUAUGUAACCGAUUUUUGUAUAUAGAUAUACAAGCAGCAAAUGAAACAUAUUGUAUCAAAAAUAAGGCUGCUAAUCAGACACAUACUAAUAGGUAAUAACAUAGUUAACCUGUUGAUUGUAUGUAAGGAACAAAACGUGAUUCACUGUAUCCAUAGAGUUCGUCAUUUCUUGCAACUUUUGAGAAAAUAACCAUUCAGUAGAAACACAAAUGUAUUAAAAUCUAAAAUUAGCUUUAGGAAAAAAUCUGAUCAAGGAUCUAUAGACUGAAAACAACCAAGAUUUAAUAGUGUGGUUAAAUUUUCUCCAACUAAUACAUAUUUGUGGAAAAGAAAAUGGCAAAGUAUCAAAUAAGAAUCCUAAAAACAAAAAAGGAUUUGAUAUGACAGAUAUGACAUGAUUAAUGACAGCUGUCAUACUUCAGAUUUAAAUAUUGACAGAUUAUUUUAAACAAAUGUUUUUUGAACUAGAUAAUUUGUUUUAUUGGAACUCUGACGUUGCAAAAGAUGCAGAACUCAAAAAAUAGCUUUAUUAUAAAUAGCCGUAGUACAUAUCAAAUUUUUAUAUAUAUAAAAAAAUCAAAUGUUUAUAAUUCGCACAUUUCUUUGGUUGUAAGGAUAAGUUAUUAACACGUUUCUCUCCUUUUUUUAUGACUAUAUUACUGUUUUGUACAUUAUUUUUUAUGCUAUAAUAUUCAAACUUCGACUGAGCACAAAAGUUGUUUUUGUAUAUUUUUUUAAAGAAAAAACUUGUACAGUAUAUUAUUUGUAACUGCGUGUAUAGUAGUGUUAGUUACUGUAACUUGUCUGUAUGCUUCAAAUUGUAUACGAUUAAUGAUUAUAUUUUAUUGUUCGAAUUU